CUUUAACCGUGAAAUUGCUCAUUCUGGAAAAAAAUUUCUUUCCAGAUUUAUUCUUUUAUUGAAAAAUAGCUAAAAUUAUUUAUUUUUGUACUUUAAUUCUUUUUUCUAGACAUUGUAUGCCAUCUGUAACUUUUACGUAAUUAUAUAUUUUUGUUUUCUAGCAGAAGAAGUUUUCGUAAAUUGUUGAAUUUACUUUGAUGUUAGACAUGAAUUAUGUACAUCUUGAACUGCAACGACUUUGUGAACUUGUUCACAAAGAUAUGGCGAGUAAAUCUCUUACAGGGGAUGAAAUUGAAUGGAAUAGUAGAGUGGAAACUUUGUUACUGUAUGCCUUAUUUAAUCUGAAACCUGUAGGAGUCAAUCGCUACUUUGCAAUGUUAGGCAUACAUCACAAAUUUAGUAAUUUUCUUGAUAGAGAAAUAAGUUCGAAGGUCAUAUGGGAUCAUUUAGAUUCUAUGUAUGAUAUGCCAGCCUUGCAUGAAUCUGAAAUCAUACCAUUUCCAAAUGAAGAAGUAGACUUUGAAUUAUCUGAAGAUUUUAAUGAUUUAGUUAAAGAAAAAUUUGGGGUUCCUUUACAUGUUCCAGUAGAUGAAAAUGAAACGCCUAAAAAUGGCUCUAGUAUUAAAACUGUGAAGAAACCAAAUGUAUCUAAAUUGAAACAAAAUUCUACACCUGUUAGCACAAAAAAUACAUUUGCAACACCAGCAUCUGUCAAGUCUAGCAAAAAUCACAGCGACUCACGUCCUCCCAGUGCUGAAACUGUAAAAGUAAAGCAAGAAACUCCAUUUGCAAAAGUUAAUAAAGUAAAACGGUCUUCAAGUCCUUUUACUGCUGGGAAAAGUGCAAAAUUGGAGACUAUUUCUAUUAAAGAGGAACCUAUGGAUACUCCAGUUUCUAAAAAGACUAAUAAAUUGGAAACUAAUAAUUCUUUAAGUGCAAAGAAAGUUCCGAAAUCUGAAAACAAUUCUAACUCUUCUAAGAAAUCUAUCAAGCAAGAAUCCAGCACAAAUUCUGUUCGACCAGGAAAGCCAGAGACUCCUGAUACUACAAAUAAAAAAGUAAAAAAUGAAAAAGAGCUUUCAAAGAAAGGUAGAGCUUCCACUCCUGUAGAAAAUUCUGUUUCUAAAAAGACUUCAAAAAUAGAUAGUAAGAAGGCAGAAUUGGACAAUAAGAAGCCCAAUGAUAUUUCAAGCAAGCCAAAAAAUGACAAAAAUUCAAGCAUUUCCAAUAAAGGAGCAAAAACUGAAGAAAAUGAAUCAUCUGGAUUAAGAAAAUCAAUAACAAAAGCAUCAACAUCAGUGGUAGAUUCCUCUGACAAAAAAAGAAAACGCCAGAAAACAGAAGAAUUGUCUAAGAAAGCUGCUCCUCCAACCAAGCGACGACGGACUUAAUGAUCACUUUAGACUUUGUUGAAAUUUUCAUUAGUCAUUUCUUUAUGCAUCUAUAUAUUUCUCUAUAUCAUUCUUUGUUUAUCUACAUUUUGACUUAUUAAAAGUUAAUAAUCAUCACUUCCUGUUUUGGUUGAUAUGAAAAUUCAUUUAAAAAAAUGCAUUUUAUAGUUAAUUUUUUUUAAAUUACAGAACAUAUGUUUAAAAUGUUCUAUAUAUUCUUGUGAUUUUAAAAAAGGAUAUGCAUUGAAUUUGAAAAUUGUAUAUUAAUUGAAUAAUUCACCAUUUAAGGAAAUUUGAACUUCAUUCUAAAAAGGUAUGUAACAAUAAAUUUUCUGAAAUUCAUUUCUGAAAUUACAAACUAUUGAUAGCACAAUAUAUUUAAUUAAAUUUUGAUAACUUUCAUAAACAAUGAAUUUCAAUGUUAUAUUUUUUAAUUAAUUAAUUUUACUGAAGAUAUCUUUCUCUCUCUCUCUUGUAUAAUAAUUUCUUAUUCUAUGAUAAAAUUUUGCCUUUAAACUAAAUAGAUAUAUUUAAGUUAAAUUAUCAAGCAAGUUUAUUUUCUUAAUAUAAAAUCAUACUCACUAUAGCAAUAUCUAGCCUUAUUUGAAUUGUAAGUUACUGAAAUAUAUGUAGUUUCAGAUGUCAGUUUAAAAAUGUUUUGUCUUUGGCAUGCAAAUGAAUCAUGUUUCAUUAGUGAAAUAAAUAAAAGUAUUUUAUUAAUUAACUUAA